UAUUUUUCCUAUUUUUCCUAUUUUCCUUAUUUUUUUUCCCCCACCAUGUAUUACAUUGCAUUUACACUAUAUUUGCUUUUCAGCAUCGUGUGCGCAAUUGAUAUCGAGCACUACUGGAAUAUCGAGCAUGUCGACUAUAACAUGGAGGGUAUUUUCACGCGCAAGGCCAUUGGCAUCAACGGCAAAUGGCCGAUUCCAUUUGUCGAAGCAACAAUGGGUGAUACCCUGAUAAUCCACGCAACCAACAAACUCAGCGAGCCCACGUCCCUGCACAGCCACGGGCUAUUCCAAAAUGGCACAAACCACUAUGACGGCGCCGCAAUGGUCACUGAAUGUGGGAUACCGCCUAAUGGCACGUUUACGUAUCGGAUUCCGCUGCAGCAGGCAGGAACAUACUGGAUCCACAGCCAUUCCAAGUCGCAGACCGCAGAUGGAUUGCGAACAUCUCUGAUAAUCAAAGACCCCAACGAAGCGUACCACUACGACGAUGAAUUUGUGCUUCCGAUGGAGGAUUGGUUCCGAGAACCAGCAGAGGUACUGAUCAAGAGGCUGAAUAGCCCGGAUCCGCACAUUAGGUUCGGACCCUUUGUCCCCUACGGCAUUAUCGGCGGCGAGUGCGCAAACAGGAAACGCAUCAAGUUUGUUCCCAGAAAGACAUACCGGCUACGGCUGCUGAACAUUGGCGCGUCGUUCGAGUUCCACUUCAGCAUGGACGGCCACGAGCUGCGGAUCAUCGAGGUUGACGGAGUCAUGGUCAAGGAAAAGCCAACCCACGGAAUCACACUGGGCAUAGGCCAGAGGGCGUCGGUUCUUGUGACUGCGCUGAACAGUACAGCCUACAAUUACAAGUUCCAUGCUGACAUGUUUACGGAUCUGCUGCAGAUGCCGCGCUACAACCCGCUGAACUUCACUGGCACGGUCGAGUACUCUGCCGAGGCGCGGAUGAAGCGCCAGAGAGGAGCAAUAUGGAUGAGCGCACACGAUCUGGAUCUCGAGCCAUUGGACGGAGAGCUUGCCUUGGAGCCCAAUCGAUUUAUCAGCCUGGAUGCGUACUCUGGCGUAUUUAAUGACCAGACAUUCCGCCACUCGUUCAAUAACGUCACCUAUGUUGCGCCACAAGUGCCCACUUUGCUCAGCGCCCUGACCACCGGCGAAAUGGCCAAGCUGCCUGCAACAUACGGGAGACAAACCAACUCACAUGUGCUUGGCCACAUGGAAGUCGUCCAGGUGCUAGUCCGAAACCACGACUACUACUCGCACCCAUUCCACUUACACGGUCACGUUUUCCAGGUCAUCGAAAUGGGCAGCAUCCGGACCGACGAGCGCUCAAUGAAGGAGGCCCUCGAUACGCCGGUCAAGCGCGAUACGGUGAUUGUGCGCGGCGGGCAGUACGCCGUGCUGAGAUUCCGCGCUGACAACCCUGGCGUUUGGCUUUUCCACUGCCACAUCGACUUCCACAUUAUGCUUGGGCUGCAGAUGACGUUCAUCGAGGCGCCCGAGAUGAUACAGAAGACGCUUGGCGGCAGGUCGCCGGAUAUGUACAAGGAGAAUUGCACUGCGCAGGGAAUACGAGCCAACGGCGACUCGACUGGCGGACUAGGGGGGGAGGCUAGCGAGGCCGAGUUGCGCCCGAGCCCGUACCCGGACCAGUUUGAAUCGUAUGAUCCGCCGAAUGGCUGGCAGUUGAUUUCGUACAUCCUUGGCGGAAGCAAGGACGACGUUGGCACAUUGACAUCCGCACAUGCGUGAAUGGCUGGUGUACACUGCAAUGGGGCUCUUGCUGUACUGGUUGCAAAUGGAAAUUGGAUGGAAAUUGGAUGGAAAUUGGAUGGAAAUUGGAUGGAAAU